UUCUUUUAAACGGAUAAUUAUAGGGAACAAGUAACGAUGUGAUGGGCUCUAGGAAUAAUCAUACAUGAGUUGAGAUAUGAGCAUACCGAGCUGAACCAUGAAUAAUACUUUAAAGAUACGUUCUUCCAGGUGUUUCACAGCUCUUUUUGCAUCUCUCUAUAUCUUCAUAGUACUUAUAGGUAUCGGAACUGGUCUGCUGGUACUACGUCCAUUCGUUCAUAUAAAUGUAUACGACGAUACAACCAAAACUGUGGGAACGUGGUAUAUUAAGUCGGAUGGAGCAGAUAAGAUCAUAACUGGCACUGAAUUUGAUUUGAGCAUUUCAUUGUAUAACACGUCAAUCUUCCCGUUGACAUUCAAACCACAUAAGGCAUUUUUCUCUUACUACCCUAUUGGAUCUUCAGUUGAGUGCCUUAAGUGUCUUUACAUAGACCAAGCCCCGAAGAGCAUAGAUUCAAAAAAUCGCACCUAUAUUAUUCACAAACCAGUGGUCCCCGAUACCACCGAUGGACUGAUAGAUUUGAACAAUUUAGUGGUCUCUGUGCCACCCAAGACGUCACAAUCUGAUGUAUUCACAAUUCAGAUACCUGUGAAGGGAUACUUCGAGAUAUCGAACGAUGAAUCUGAAGUGUUAAAUUCACUCAAACCAAUGCUUAUGGAUUGUAAAAAACACAAGGCAAUCCUUUUGUCAAUGCGAGUAGAAGACGUAACCAACAAAUUAGGUUUUAUCACUACGAAGGUCCCUGCAGUAUAUGAGAUAUUUAUCCCUCUUCAAUGUGAAUUAAGCGGGAACUUGGAUAAUAUAUCCCAUGAUUCAUUCGACAAUGGCGUCAUCUUAGCUGGAGUUGUAAAUAACAAGGAAAAAAGCAUUAAAAUAUAGUACUAAACAUACGUAUACCAUGUAAUAGUUAAACAUGUGGAUUAGUUGA